AUGAAAAAUAGGUUUGACAGGAUGUUAUUGAAAUCUAACAACACUUUAGGGGAGAUUCAAGCAGGAUUCAUGAAAUUGAUCCCCAUAUAUACGCCGAAACGGGUAAAGACGGCCCAAAUAAAAGACGGACCUACCAAAGAGAAACAAGUAAUAGGCGGAACGACGAACCAACGCGAUAGUAUAGAACUGGAAGUUGUGCUGGCCAAUAAAAAUAGGUCGAAAAGGAAGUCAAGAAAUAAUUCGGUGAGAGUUGUAAAUAGAAGCCAGGCAAAGACCAUGUCCUCGCUGCAAGCAUUAAGAGGUGCACUCGCACCGAGCUCGAAUGGAAGUCUAUCUCCAAGCUUAAGUAAUGGUACCAGACAUUAUUCGGUCGCCAGCGACCAUUCAGGCCCACCUUCGCCGUGCCUGGAACAUGAGAUUCUGCCAUACACUUUAACGGUUGAUGUAUCUGAAUUUCAGCAAAGGCUGUAUACACAUGCUCCGAGACAUCAUUCCCUGAUGGAUACUAGAAAAGUAAGAUUCAAUUGA